UGGCAGCCCUGUCAGAUUCUGACAGCGCAAAACUUUGUUUUUACUGAAUGCGCAUAGACAGUGUUCAUUUAUUAUUAUAAAUAAUAAAAGAGUUUAAUAAUAAAGGAUUACAAAUGCAAAGCUCUACAAUGGGUUCCCACUUGGAUCCCCAACUCGAGGAUAGAAUUUUGCAUGAAGUGAAGUCUCAAGGCGUCUUUGAUGAAUUUCGCAAAGAUUCAAUGGCAGACGUGGACACCAAGCCUGCUUAUCAGAAUUUACGGCAGCGCGUGGAGAACACAGUGAAAAAAUUCCUUUCUGAACAACAUUGGACACCGGAUAUGAAUAAAAACCAACUGCGUGAAAGACUGCGGAGACAUAUAAGCGAGUCUGGGUUUUUGGAUGUUGGAGUCGAACGUAUCGUGGAUCAAGUUGUGAACCCGAAAAUCGGAACAGUUUUUCAACCGCGCAUCGAAGAGAUUACCUAUAAAUAUUUAGGCUUACCCCCGCCACCGACCAAACACGAACCGCCGCCACCGAUCAUGCACCCCUUGCCUCCAUUGCCGUUGAGCGGGCCACCACCAUUGAAAAUAGAAACGAGCAGCCUAUUACCAACUGGACUAGAGCAAGUUAGUCCUGAUUCCGAUAAAGCUACCGUUAAGUCAGAAUGCCGAGAAGAUGAUAAAUCUAUUAUGGAUAUGGAUGUUGAUGCUGAUGAAAAAUUAGCAGAGGACGAUGAUGAAUCACCUCCGUUCGAACCAUUAGUGAAGUGUGUGGAGAACAGUAAAACUAUUAAAGCAGAACUGGUUAAAAAUUCCGAGGAAGUAGUUGAUAUGAAGUCUCCGACUUACGACAUUAAGAUUGAACCGAUGUUGGACGAAAAAACGGGAGAAGAACCAUUUGGUAACGUAGAACUUAAAGAUCCUGAAAGAAAAGACCCUAGUUCAAUAAAUAUUGAUACUCUGAAAAACCCUACUUCAUCAUUUGAAGCGGAUGCUGGAAUAUCGCAAUAUUCUCAGUUAUCUGCGGUAUCGAGUGAUAGUCGCAUCUCUGAUGUAACCGCAAACGCAUCCCAUAGCUUUACCGACACAUCAAAUACACAUAACCCACCGCAAACACAUUCAGAUCAAAUCGAAGUAGUGAUGGAAUUAGCUACGGCAAACAUAUCGGAAGAAGCACAAAUGCCGAAAUUCAACGAAAACUCCUGUGAGAUGGCAACAGCAAAGGAACCAGCAUCCGACCUGCAUUUCGAUAUUAAAAAAGAUGGGAUUAAAUUUGAAGGCACUGAACGUAAAUCAAGUAGGUUGCAGCAAGAAGGUGAUGGUAGCUCAGUAAUUGUAGAUGAGGCUCUUCCGAGGCAAGUGGCUACGCCAAGUGUUAAUUUGGAAAAUAAAGAGCCACCACAUCAUUUCGGCAAUUUAACGAUUGAUACAAUUCUCGAACAUAAAAACCAAACCACGGAUCCGACCACACCGACAGCAACGCCCACUCCAACUCCUCAUGACAGUAGUUUCGGUUCUUCACUUGAGGAUUUAAAUUACCAGCCAUAUACAGAACAAUAUGAGGAUCGAUUAAAAAAUGAAUCUACCACCGCGGUGGAAUCAGCAUUGACAAAUAUCGUGCAAGGGCAAAUCGAUAAAAAAGAACUCAGUUCUUCACAGAAUCGCGGAUCAUCUUCGUCGUCUUCCCGCCACAAAAAGCACUCAAAAGAUAAGCGGCGUUCACAUGACCCAAAAGAAAAGUAUGGAAGUAAGGAGAAGAGUAAGAAAAGAGAUAGAAGUAGAGACAAAGACAGGGGUGAAAAAGAUAGGAGCCAUAAAAGUAAGCACAGAGACAAAGAAAGAAGCACGGAUAAGCACAGGGAACGAAGUGAAAAGCAUAGGAGCAAGAGUAGCCAUAAGAAUAAAGAAAGGUCAAGUAAACACAAUAAGCACAACAAGAGCAAAAACGAUAGCCUAGAGCGUAGCAGCAGCUCAAAGCGUUCCAGCUCUUCCACAGCUCGUUCUCAUGACACAAGCUCCAGUAAACACGAAAAGAACAGUACACCAUCUUCCAGCUCCUCUAGUCGAUCUGAUGGUCACGAAGCGCGACGCGAGAAGCGCCAGUCUGAUGGAAAGUCUCAUCGAAGGACAUCCAAAAACAGAAGUAGCUCAAAAAAAGAUGAUAACAAGUCAGGAACGCCAAAAAAUGAAAUUCUUGUUGAUGAUCACAACAGUGAAAAGGUCAAAGAUCAGAGACGCAAGUCAACCGAUUCGAAUGAUGAAGGUAAAAGUGGAGGUGGACAUAAUGAUGGAAGCCAGCGUGUAUGUGAGAUCCUAAAUUAUUACCAGGGUAGCUGUGAUAAGCAGCAGAGUCAACAGAAAGAAACGAAUGGCACAUCACCAAGCUCACAGAGUCCAAAAGGGAAAUCUAAAGGUUUCGCUGAUAAGCGCACAGAGGACUCGAAUAUUACAAUUGAAACGUGUAAUGCUGGAAGUGCAAACAAAAUUAUCGAAAAAACGCACCGGAAUAUGGUUUUCAUUUUAAAUGAUAUGCUGGAGAAUCCCAAUAUAAAUUUCAUUGAUCUGGGACCGUCAGUGACAACGUACUCAGUCAGUUCAAGUACUCCUACGGCGGAUAUUGCGCUGCCAAAAAUCGCUGAUACGCCAUCUAAGAUAGCUGAGACAGCACUGGAAAUAGAAAAUACCCCACCUAAAAUUAAUAUGAGCCCACAGUUGUCCGAAAAAAUCUCGCCUGCCACUAGCAGAAACUCUAUGCUCUCGCCUAAAAACGAAAAAGAGCAAUUACUAUUUUUCGACGAAACAAAUGCACAGUUUUGCAAUCGUUUGCGUCUACUGGAUAACGCAAUGGAUCGAUGCCGCCGUGUGGUUAAUAAUUUGCGUUUCGAUUGUGCCAAUGAACUGUGCGAUGCAUUUGAAGAACAGCAAAGUACAAGCGAACCAGCUGCUAAGGUAACUGCGCAAACAUGUGCUACACUUAGAAUCGAUUGCGUGCCCGCGUACGCAAUAAAUGAUUGCUGUGGGAGUAGUGAAAAAAGUGGUAAUAGUCCGGUUGGAAACAGCGUUUACGAAAAUGUUUACGAAUUGCAUGGAAAACGUAAACGGGCUAACAACGGGGAAAGUAAACCUUCGCCAACACCUUCGGAUGCAAGUGGGAAUUCGAAGGAGAAUAUGGCGCUGGACAAAAAUGAUGAUAUGGUGAAAUGUGUUCGCCGUAACGCGUCUUUAAAUAAAUUGAACCAACAACAGCGUUAUAACAGCGAAGAUCUGUACAAACCGAGACCCGUUCUAAGUCAACGCUCGCGACGCAGAGGUAUGGACGCUUUAAUCUAGAAUCUAGAUGAUAAUGCGAAUUUGUAAUAGUUUAAAAAUACCAAAAUAUACCGCAACUAUUUAUAUACUAUGUUUGAAUAAAAACGAAUUAUAUACACAUACAUCACUAAAU